AUUGGAGUUUGAAUUGUCCUUGGGUGCGUGCUGUGUUUGUCUUGGCGUGUUUGUGUUUGCGUCGUUUGCCAGCAUAUAUGAUGACUAUAAACGUGAAUUAGACAAUUGUAACGCCUUGUUUUUUUUUGUUUGUGCAUGUACUAGGCUUUGUUUGUCGUACAAUUCGUUGUUUGGUCAACCGGUUGCUUGCGAUGUCAACGAACCGUCCGUUGCGGGUAGUCAAUUCGAGUGCAAGGCGCACAGACUUAAGUGGAAUUUUUGGUGAAUUAAUACUUGGAAGGCGUUUCUUGAGCUGGGAUGAAUUUGAGAAGUCAUUAGCAGAAUUUCAAAAAUUGUCCUGCACUCACUAUGUUCAUAAUUGCAGCAAAACGAUACAGGAUGACAGAUUUAAGUACGCUUAUGUUGGUUUUAAAUGCACUUUUGGAGUGAAUCGUACAAGACCUGGAUUGAAAUUGAAAAAUAAGUCGUCUAAAUGUUGCAAUUGCUCGUCUUCAUUUCGCGUGGUUUUGCGUUAUAGUGAAUACAUAAUUGCUUCCCAUAACAUGGUACAUAACCAUCCAUGCAGCAGGGUGUACAUGCAGAAUGACCCAUGGUAUAGACGACUAACAGUUGAAGAGAAAAAAAAUGUGGAACCACUUCUUCAGAAAUCCCGCUCAUCCGAUGAAAUAAUAAUGCAUGUUAAGGAGAAGUACCACAAGGAUAUAACUCGCAUCGACGUUAAAAAUAUGAAAGCCGCAGUUACUAAAGGUAACGUUGACGUACUGGUUAAAUACUUAAUAUAUUUCGAGUCGUGAUAUUUUUGAAUGUUCUUGUAUACGGAAGGUUGUAAUUUUCAUUACUGUAUUCGUGUGUACGAUGCCUUAACUGGAAACAGGACACAAGCACUAUCAUCAUUGCACCUGUAAUAUUCAGUUCAUAGUUAUCUUAAUGUUUUUUGUUCCACCUUUUGUAGUUAACCAUGUGAUGCAGGAUUGUAAACAGCGGACGUGGUCACGCAACUUGUUCGCAUCUCAAAGUACGUCAGCAAUUAUCCCUCGAAAUCAACGUGACAAAGUGAAAACCAAAAAAAGUAUUAUCAAUGCGGGCAUUACGAGAAUUAGUGACAAAUUUGGAGAAGUGUUUGCCAAUGCUUAUGCAGACGGAGUAAUCUCAGGAAUCAAUCGUGUUCUUAAUAUGUAAAUAAACCAAAUUUGUAUCAUAAUUAAAAUAAAAUUUUCAUGUAA